AUGACUCUCAGUCUGGAGACCGUUGCCGCUGUGGCUGGCCUCGAUUCUCCCGAUUCCGUUAUUGAGAUUUGUACCACUAAUUUCGUCAGUUUGUUUGAUGGAAUGAUCCGAGUAGCGCAUUUCUGCGUGCAAGAGUUCUUGGUCAUUCCGGAAGCGCAUUCUCACAUGCAACAUCAUGAAUGCCAAUUUCAUAUGGUGGAUGGAUGUAGAUUCCUCGCGACAAAGAUGGUGGAUUGCCUCCUUGAGCAAACCACUGGUCUGACACGGGAAGAGGCAUUGGGAAAGCCCUGCUUCUUACACGCAGCGAAAAACUGGUAUACCUAUGUGGAUGCUUUGGGGGAAAGUGAUCCCUUGCGCUCCGACUUGCAGCCUAACGUUAAUAGAUUAUUUACUGAGCCAGAGGUUUACUUCAAUUGGGAACGUGUAUGGGAUGACUUCUCGGAGGAACUGUCUCAGUAUGACCAGGCCGAAUUUGGCAAUCCAACAAACCAACCAAUUCAGUUAGCAUCGGGAAUGGGAAUUGCGCAAACUGUGCAAGAGUUACUGGAUCGCGGCUUCGGAUCCGCUCUCACAGCCGCGUCGCCCAUGGGGCAUGAAGGCGUUGUGAAACUGCUCUUAGGUGCUGGUGCUAGUAUAUCUUCACCAACACCCGAUAGCGGUCCACUUACAGUUGCGUCUGCUGCAGGAUAUGAGAGCAUCGUGGGGAUUAUCCUAGAUCACAUCACGGAUAUCGAAGCCUUCGGAACGCAAUUUUGCACAUCGCUUACAACCGCUGCCGGUUAUGGCUAUGAGGGAAUUGUCAACACGCUCUUGGAUCGAGCCACCGAUCUCAAUGGCCCCAAUGUAUGUGGUGAAUAUCCGGGGAUUCCUCCAAUUGCUUCUGCGGCGAGCAGAGGCCAUGAGAAAAUCGUGCGAAUUCUCGUGGAUCGAGGUGCGGAUGUGAACGUCGAGUCCUUUCAAGGAGAAACCAUGCUUCAAAAUGUGACGGACCAUGGGGACGAAAGCCUGGUGAAAUUUCUUCUGGAUCAUGGAGCCGAUCCCAAUGCCCUAGUGGAAGACAGUCUGAACAGGGACAGUCCACUUAGAAUGGCAAUAUCUCACGACAAUGAAAGACUAUGUGAGAUCCUGCUGAAGGCAGAUCACGGCGCAGACGUCAAUGCGGAUGGCGGAUCUUCCGGCGCUUUUUCCUUUGCGGAGGCUGCUCGCUAUGGACAUUUGGAAGUAAUGCAGCUACUACUGGAUAGAGGCGUGGAUAUAAAUGCCCGAGGAAGUGGUGACAUAACUGCAAUUGCAUAUGCGUCAUACGAGGGAUCCGAAGAGGCUUUGGCGAUGCUAUUGAAGCGAGGGGCCAAAAUCGACUGGACAGACCUGCAGAGCCCGCUUGCACUGGCAUCAAACCGAGGCCAUGAAAGGAUAGUUCAACUACUACUGGAUCAAGGGGGAGAGGUUGAUUUGGAAGGGCUGAAUAACUCGCUUGUUGAUGGAGAAGGAAACAGCGCCCUCUCAGCUGUAUCACAACAAGGAGAUGAGAAGAUAGUACAGCUGCUACUGGAAAGGGGCGCUAAUGUGAAUCAUGUUGAUGAAAACGGGCUCAGCGCACUCCAACUUGCAUCAGGCCAAGGACAUGAAGAGAUAGUACGGAUGCUCUUAAAACCAGGCGCCGACGUCAAUUCUGAGGGGUCAGAGAAAACACUUGUACAGGCAUCACAACAAGGGCAUGGAAAGAUCGUGCAUCUGCUACUGUUAAGGGGCGCUGAUAUCAAUCAGGUUGAUGGAGACGGGCACAGCGCCCUCUCAGCUGCAUCAAUGGACGGCAGUGAAGAGAUAGUAGAGAUGCUACUGAAACGAGGCGCCGAUGUCAACCUAUGCAAUAAUGAAGGAGAUAGUGCACUCCAGUGUGCAUCGGACCAGGGUUCUGAAAGCAUCGUGCAGAUGCUGCUAGACGGAGGUGCUCAGAUUGAUUGCAAAGGGUCAAUGGGCAGUGCGCUUCAAUUAGCGGCAAGUCAAGGACAUGAAGAUACCGUGAAGCUACUGUUGGAUCGAGGUGCUGAUGUCAAUGUGCAAGGUGGAAAUCUUGAAAGCGCAAUUCAAGAGGCAUCUUCCAACGGAUAUGAAGAGAUAGUGCAACUAUUGCGGGAUCGAGGUGCCGAACUGAACGAACAGUAA